CUUGUCGCCAGUCAAGACUUAAAUCGUCCCCAAAAGUAAUUUUUCACUUUUCAUCAAUGAAUCGAAUAUUGCAAACGUGCCUCCUCUCUCCUUCCUGCUCCAGGCUGCCAGUGACAUCCCUUUUCAGAAAAUAUAUCUCCUCUGGAGCUCAUGGACGCUCAAUCUUUCGAGAAACUGAGAUUCAUCAGGGCCAUGUGAAAGUGUCAUCAAAUAAAAACUCAUUUUAUGGGUUUAGAACUUUUUGUACAGCUGAAGAUCUGUCUUCGAAGAAGUGUGUACCAUGUGACUCAAAGGAUAUUCGGCCCAUGACUGAACAAGCAGCUAAUGAGCUAAUAACAAAGGUACCAGAGUGGAAUCUGGUAAAUGAAGGUGGUAUCCUGAAGCUGAGUCGAUCAUGGAAAGUGAAGGCUUUUACCAAAGGGCUAGAGUUAUUUCAGGCUGUAGCUGAUGUUGCUGAAGCCGAAGGCCAUCAUCCUGACCUUCAUCUUGUAGGAUGGAACAAUGUGAAAAUUGAAAUAUGGACACAUUCAGUUGGUGGACUGACAGAAAAUGACUUCAUACUUGCUUCCAAGAUCAGUGCUCUUAACCUGCAACAUCUGCUAAGAAAGAAGGCUACUGCCUAGCCAUCAAUGUGGGCAUUGCUGGUCCAUGAUUCUAUUAUGUAAAAAAGCACUUUCAUAUGGGAAAACGGAUCUUUUCUUUGAUAGUCUAUCUUGUAAUGGUCUUAGUUUACUUCCACUGGAACUUCUGAUCCUAUUCUACCCUGUGGGAAGUUGCAUUUUUACUCGGGUGAUUCAUGAAUCCUAUGGAGUCAAGGAUCCUAGGCAUUGCCUUGCAAAUUUCAUGCUUAUAUGUUUGGGUAAUUAUAAGGCCUAUAAUCUAGCAUCUCUAGGCAGUUUUUUAUAUUUUUUUUGAGGUGUUUAGCCUGAUACAUGCAAAAGUAGAAGAUGGUUACUUAAAGCUCAACUUUGAUGGUCAAUGCUGAUGAAGCCAAGAGUUGCAAAUUAUCUUC